AGUUGAGCGCGCUAAUGAUCGAGUAGUGGUGAAGGCAGCGGCUCACAGAGGCAUUUGAAUGUCGCUUUAACGCUUAGCUAUGCGACAUUUGUGCUUUAGUCGGCUGGCGUAACUGCUUCAAAUCGGACCGUCUGACUUAAAACGGAUAUUUCGUCGGUACAACCAUUCAGUACAACGCGUCGUGUCCCAGCACAGAUUUUAGUGCAGUCGGUAGUGAAAGCGUUCGAAUGAACUACCUUAUUGUUGGGUUCAUAUAGUAAAUGUGUCAAACUUGAACUUCAAAAGUGUAGAGAACAGCUGUUCGCUUGUCGCUUUCAGCUAACUUUAGUGGAAAAACCAGUUUUUGAAUUUUUCAACUCGGAUCACGGCGAUAGUGACCGUACCAACUCCGAAUAUGACCGAACAUAAUCCCGCCAAAUCAGAGGAACUGGAAUCUCUGACCACGAAAAAUGGUAAAACAGCGCAAAUUGUUUCAGGUCUUAAUAGACCCACAGAAAAAUUACCGCUGGGCGAACAAAGUCGUGCAGUACGACGUCAAGAAUUAAUGGUACUACUUGGUAAUAUUGGAUUACUCUCUACCGGAAUGGCGCUGAGUUUGCCAACAGUCACUUUGCGACAGCUGAUGGACCCCAAUGAGCCUGUUCAUCUCAGCGAGUCACAGGCUUCAUGGUUCGCUUCCAUCAACACACUUUCAUGCCCACUCGGUGGUCUACUCUCUGGAAUUCUACUGGAUAAAAUGGGUCGCAAAAACACACUAUAUGUGUUGAACGGCAUUGCGCUCGCUUCAUGGGCUCUGAUGGCUUUAGCGGUGGAAAGUAAUGCCGAUAUUGUUUUUAUACAGCUGAUGGUGUCGCGAUUUUGCAUAGGCAUUGCUAUGGGAAUCGCCAGCGCACCAGUCGGUGUCUACUCCGCCGAAAUAAGCUUACCACGCAUACGUGGAAGACUCAUUCUUGGCACAUCGGUAUCAAUUGCUGCGGGUAUUCUAGUGAUGUAUAUAAUGGGAUAUUUUAUUCGUAAUGACUGGCAGUUAAUUUCAAUGAUUUGCUGUGCCUAUCAAAUAGUAGCGAUGCUUUGCGUUAUUCCAAUGCCCGAAUCGCCCAGUUGGCUAGUGUCUAAGGGGCGUGUUGAGGAAGCGAAGAGAGCGCUCAAUUAUUUUCGAGGCUUGGAAAAAUCAGACGAAAUCACUCAUCCGGAAGUGCUUGCCGAAUAUAACUUACUGCAGAAAUCUAUCCAAUUGGGUGAAGGUGUAAAGAAACCGCCAUUUUUGAAGAGCAUACGCGAACCAGAGGUCUACAAGCCACUUCUAAUACUCAUGGGCCUCUUCGCAUUCCAACAGUUGACAGGCAUCUUUGUUGUUGUCGUUUACGCUGUGCAAAUCUCACAAGAGGCUGGCGUCAAUAUAGACCCAUUUAUGUGCGCUAUCUUGAUCGGCGUUGGACGAGUCGCAACCACAGUUCUGCUAGGAAUCAUUUUGGAGAAAUGGGGACGUCGUCGUUCGGGUAUUGUAUCGGCGCUUGGUAUGUGCAUAUGCAUGUUCCUUUUGGCCGGCUAUAACUGGUGUUCAUGGCUACAACUAAUUCCAUAUUUGCCGGUCAUUGCAAUUAUUGCCUUCAUUAUCUUAAGCACAUUCGGGCUCUAUACGUUACCGUUCUUCAUGAUAUCGGAGCUCUUUCCGCAGAAAGUGCGCGGAGCAGCGUCGGGCCUCACAGUGGCGGUGGGCAUGUGCUUCGCCUUCAUCUGCAUUAAAACUUAUCCGGCGAUGAAGAAUGCAUUAGAUAAAGACUACUGCUUCGUUAUUUACGGUAUUAUGGCAUUCAUAGCGGCAGUUUAUGUAUACGCCGUGCUGCCGGAGACACGUGGACGGACACUGCUCGCUAUUGAAGACCAGUUCCGUACUGGCGUUAAAUCGCAGCGUUAUCAAGCCGCUCCAGUAGAAAUGCAGGAAGUGUCCGUGAAAUGAGCCAAUCGAGUGCAGAGAAAGUGCUUUAAUUAAUUAGUUGUUCUUUGUUUAAUUUAAGGAAGUGAAAGUGAUUGUUAAUGAAAGCUUUUGUAUUGAGUCGUUGCGCUUUACAACUGAAGCCAAUAAGUACACAGAUUAACAGUUAAAUGAAACCAAUUUGAAUUUAAUAUUCGACGCAAACAAAAAGAAAAAACUUUCGAAAAGAAUAAAAUUUAUGAAAAACUUAAACUGUGAUAGGUUUUGGUCCUGAAAGAAGAUUUUAUUACAUUUAGUGGUUUAAAAUUUAAUAUUUAAUAUAUACAACUAAAUACAUUUAGAAUAUAAUAAAAAAAAAAUACAACAAUAUAGUAAUUAAUACAUAUUUGAAAGGUGGGAGGGAAAAUCUAGUACCGGAUGCUUUCCAUUAACUCUACCAGACUGUAAUUUAAGUAGAGAUGGCUGCCAUCAAGGAAACAGCAGAUAAACAGCUCCGAAGGGCUCCUUUGUAGAGGUGUGCAUUCACUUCGAUAGCAGAGCAAAAUGAACCUUGAGCUAGCUUACAGUCAACGAAUAUUUACCCUUUUCAGUUGCAUCCAGCCACUUUGUUAUCCGACUUGUGAGGGUUACAAUGGAUUCGCUGGAAACUGCAAAGCUCGUAGAGAGGCCCCGCUUACACCAAUUUGGUCAGGUUGGGGAUAGAACGGUAUAGAAAUAAUAAAAUUGUAUUUAUCAGUUAUUCGUACAAUCAGUUAACCGUACAAUAAUUAGAAAUAUGCGCUUUAUAAAUUUCGGUGGUAUACUAUUUUAUUUUAUAGGGCGAGGCCACACUCACUUUUUCAAAAAAAAUUGCCCACAGAUGCCCCUUGCUACUGCCAUCCUCUGUACCAAAUUACAGCUUUAUACCUCAAUUAAAUGUUUAGUUAUGGUGUUUAGUGGGCGUGGCAGUCGAAUUUUUUUUUUUUACUAAGAAACCCACUUACCAAAUAUCAUCGAGAUAUCUCAAUUUUUACUCAAGUUACAGCUUGCACGGACGGACGAACAGACAGACAGUCAACCGGAUUUCAACUUAUAUGUAUAUACUCGUACAUAAUACGUACAACCGUUAGGUGAACAAAACUAUAAUACUCUGUAGCAAUUGGUUGCAAGAGUAUAAAAAUUGGGUACACCAAACAUUGUUUCUCGCACAUAUUUAUGCACAACUUAGAACUCGUUUUUGAGAUUUGCAAUUUUAAUAAAUAUUUGCAACACCUUAUA